UACAUGUCUCCAUGAGACGCUACGUCACGAAACAUGUUUAUUGUUGGGGAUGUUUCUUUUAAUAAAAUCACGAAAACUUACAUUCCCGCUACUCGAGGCUGCGUUGAGUGGCGUUUACUUAGUCUAGAAUCUAUUUUUUUUUAAACUUGAGUGUAUUUAAAAUUUGAAUUACAGUUCGAAUGUUUCGAUUUCAAUAAAAAUUGUGAAAUUAUUUGAGCGUAAAUGAACCAGAUUUAAUUUAAUUUAUUAAAGUUAAAGUAAGAUAUAAAGAUAAGGCAAGAGGGCCACAGUUUGAUUCACUUUGAUUUAAACUUUGAAGCAUUCACUCUCCACUAUCAUAGUGACUAUGGGAUGCUCUUCCUCACGUAUAAACCCCAAACCUUCUAGAUCUACAGACAAUGUGGAAAACAACUCAGAUGUAUCCUCUGUCAAACAAACAAAUGAAAAUGUGUUACCAAAAGAUGAUAACAAGACAGAUGUAUUUCAGAAGAAAAAGAUUCCAGACAUUGACAGAAAUGCCAACACUAUACUAGUCAAGGAACAAUUUCCAGUCCCAAAAAGUGUUGCGUUCGAUGUCACAUUGGAUGGUGAAAGUGGAGGCAACUUAUUGCUGUUUAAAAGACGACCUCCAAAUCUUCUGACAUUGGAGCCCCUUAAUUUUCCCAGACUGACGGCGGAACAAUUAGCUGACAAGAUGCGCAUGGCUGAAGAGAAAAGAGAAAAAAUGAAACAGAAAAAGAUUAAAAGCUCUCAGAGAUCAUCGAAGAGAAGACGUGAAUUGCUUCAAGCUCGAGAAUUUGGUUUAAAACAGCAACUAGAAGUAGAAAAUGUGAAGGCUGAGACCAGAGACAACAUGGCCCAACUCAAUAGAGAACGGAAGCUGAUGGAAAUCAAAGAAAAACAAAAACUGCGAGAAGAGCGAGCCAGGAGAGCCAGGGAAAGGGCCAAGAGUAUUCAGGCAGGAUCAGAGGAUGUGGAAGUUGAGAAUGAUGUGGAGUUUAAUGCUGGCAGUGAUGAUUCGUGGCUUGGUUCCCAGGAGGAAGAAGAAUAUGGUCUCAAGAAAAAAGUAGGUCAAGUACGACCAGUGGUCAGUGCAAGCACAGUGGAUAGCUAUGAUGCUGCAUUUAUGAGAAAAGGAUCUGAUACAAAAGAGCUGUUUGACCCAGAUUUUUUUGGCUCAUGAUGGUUUCUGCUGCUUGGAUCCGCCUCAUUAUUUGGAUGCAUGACUCAGUACUACACGUAUAAAAGUGCAAUGACGUGUAUUUGAGAUAGAUCUCUUGAUUUUUUAAAAAUUGUAUUGUAUGAAAAUAAAUGUGCUUUUACAUCUAGUCAAAGAAAAAGUUCUGUGAGGAAAACUGCUAGGCUGUCCACUCUGGGCAGCGUGAGAAAAAAAGGUCACAGGAUUUGCUACUGUGAUCAUAAUCAUGAGGGUGUUUAAUGGAUCAUGAGGGUGUUUAAUAGAUCAUGAGGGUGUUUAAUAGAUCAUGAGGGUGUUUAAUGGACCAUGAGGGUGUUUAAUAUAUCAUGAGGGUGCUUAAUAGAUCAUGAGGGUGUUUAAUAGAUCAUGAGGGUGUUUAAUAGAUCAUGAGGGUGUUCAGUACUUGAUACCAGUAUGAUGUUUUCAACUUGUGAUAUUUUAUUCUAAAUAAGUUCUAUAUGAAUAUCAAUAAAGUAUUUCAUGUACAUUUUUUUUUAAAUCUUCAAGUAGGUUUCAAGGUUUCUACAAGUAUUACUGUGAUGUUGAAAUAUUGAUCAGCAUUAAAUUCUUUAUUGACUGUCUUUGUUGUUUCCUCCAUCUUAUCAUAAAAAUGUUGUGUGAAACUUUAUUAAAAGGC